AUGGACGAGGAUCUGCAUCCGGCGAAUGGCCAGCGAUUCUGGUGGGCCACGUUCGCCAAUGCGCUGCACGCGCCUUGGUGGCGGGACCUCACGGCGGCGGACACGAAGCAUCCGGAGCUCAUCAAGCAGCGCUGCGAGGAAGUGAUCCGUGCGGAUGAGCAACGCUUCGGCUUCACGCAGUUUUUGCUGGACGCCAACAACGCGGCGCCCACCUGCUACUACGAGGCCGCCUCCCAAAAUCUGGGUGGCCACCAGUACAUGCACAACCCGGAUGCCUUCGGGUACUUGCAGUUUGCUCCUUUUGGCAGCACCGAGCCCUGCCGCAACGUCUUCUGGCUUGCGCGCUUUGUGCUCGCGCAGGUCUACCAAGCUGAGGUGCAAUUCCUCAUGAACGAGCACUUGGGGAACGGCUCGUUCACCUCCAACGUCGCGGACCUGCUGGGCGCAGCCUGCACCGUGAGCAACGCCUGCCACAGCAAGGCCUUGCUGGCGGCCCUGAGCUACGUGGAUCUGCAGAUCCGGCAAAAGGAGCCCGGAGCCAGGUCUGGCAGCUGCGUGCGCUACGCCAUGCCGGGCAUCCAGAACUCCAGCUGGACGGGAGGGCCCUGCUUCCAGGCCUUUGUAAGCUACACCAUACAGAGCCGCCGUGAUCCGGCAAAGAUGCGUUUGAUUCAAGGCUCCAUUGACGAGGCUCGACUCAUGUCCUUGCCGGACGUUGGUCAGAGGUGGAACAGCAAAGAUGCGGGCUGGUUGUGCCUAGAUGAGGUCUACGUGCGCGAGGAAUGCCUCGAGGAGGUAUCGGAGUCGAGCACGGAAGCGCUGAUGGCGUUGCAGUUUCGGGCCAAUGUGUCCCAGCGCAUCAGCUUCGACUUCCACUUGGACAAGACGUUGACGCUUACCGGCCUUCGCAACGGCGUUUUCGACGACGUGACCAACUCGCUCCGGGAAGCGUUGGAAGGGGUGCGUGACUGCCUGGGCGAGAGCUUGCUGCUGCGCUUUGCCAUUUGGUUCCGCUUUCUGGUGGAUAGCGCCGCCUGCCAGGUGGAGGCCUCCGUGAACUCGGGCAGCGCCCAGCUCACCAUGUCCACCUGUGGCCACUUUCCCCUGUCCGCCACGCUCUUUCGCGGGCCGGGCGUCCAGUACGACAGCGACGUCAUCACCUUCUCCUCCUGUACCCACGACGUGGUGUGUGCGGACCUUCGCUUUGAGAACAAGGCGGGCUGCAACUACAACAUUUGGGAUGUGAAGACCCGGGCGCGCUCUGAGACGCCCGUGCACAUCAACACCCCAUGGGUCACCGUGGUCACCAACGCGAGCCUGCUGGAGCGAUAG